AUGACAUCACUUGCUGUUGUCAGAUGUGAUCGUGACGAUCCGUGCGGGAACUGUGUCGACUCUAAUAUAUCAUGCAAUCGAACGGCAUCUACAGCACGAAGCGCAUCUAAGCGAAGGAGAGGACCUGAAACUACUGCCACCCCACAGAGUGUGCAGCGACAUGGACUACAAGCAAGUUUCACGCCUUCGCCGCCCAGGUCGACAAGUGUGCCACAAUCGCCCCCGAUCAUCGAAGCACACGAUUUUAUUCGACGAGAGAUCACAUCUGGCAAGCCUAUGCCUGCUGACCGGCUAGCUGUACUGAAUUCCGCAAUGUCAUUUGUUACUCAUCUCAGCCAAACAGUACAGCAUGAGAAUUUAGCAGGCGCUCGCAGCACACGUGUUGCUGACAUUCUCGAAGGGAUCAGCACGCCAUCCGUGGAAAUUUUGUACUGGAUGCUUUGUGAACUCAAGGGGAGUAACAUCGGCCCGCAUGUCCUGGACUACUUCAAGCACGUCUCGCCAAAAUCGUUGAAGACCAUGGGUCUUGCUUUGAUUAAUCGGAAUGGCGAUAACGAGACCUUGUUGCUCUACUCAAUAUGCGUCAACUCGGCAAUCUUCAAGUUUAUCAACACCGUGUUGUCAGAAAGCGACAUGGGCGGCAUCGAAGAUGGCCUCCGUGACCAGGCCAGCAAGUAUCUACAAAGCGUCAAGUUGGCAAUGAAACGAAUUCACCUUCUUGCGGUACCUUCACUACUUUUCUUACAAUCUUUACUAUGCAGCGCAUUCAUUGCGCAAGGCCAAGGCGACUCGGUGCACUGCUGGGCGUUCAUUUCCGCCGCAUGUAAGACAUGCGAAGACCUAAAUCUCGACGCGCAAGUCAACGCUUGUCAGUUUGAGACCGAAGAUGACAUUGAGUUGUACUAUUGCUACGUGUGGUGUCACAUUCUCGACAAGAACUACUCCAUGAUGUUAGGUCGGACUCAAUGUCUCCUUAAUCACGAAGGCUUAGACUCAGUCUUCUCCUCGCCACUCAACCGAUCACUGUCAGCGCUGCUCUCCACCUACUUGCUCUUCGUACCCGUCCAAGCUAUCUUUAUAUUGGAACUACAUCCUCUCAAAAUCUCGAACAAGAAGACACUACUUUCACGAGUCGAAUACAUGGUAGCUGAUCUGUUGAACCGAUUGCAGCGUGUGCACGCACGCAUUACCGAGCUGCAUGGUCCUUCCGAUUCUUGGAGCGGUCUUCAUAUGGGCACUGAGCUGACCACGAUACAAUUCUCCUAUCAUUCGCUACGGACAUCAAUUCUACGCUCCAAACAGAUCUGCUUGCCGGCCCAACCAUACGUUGAUCACGAUUGUCUCGAGUCGGCGCGAAUGGCGAUGUCAACCUUGCGAGGCAUUCAGGAAGCUGCCAUGACCCUAAUUGACAUCCGAUCCCACAUCGCAUACAUGCAUUGGACUGUACUGUAUCAUCCACUAACACCUUUCUUUGUCCUGUUCUGCAACGUUGUAGCGACAUCCGACUCCAACGACUUUCACACACUCAAACGUGUCACAGAAGAGCUUGAAGGGCUAGUCGAGUUCUCUGCAUCGAUUGCUAAAUUGCAAACACUCUUCAGAUCUUUUAUUGAGCUCUGUGAAGGCCUCGUCUCCGAUAAGCGACAAAAGACAGCCAAAUCAACGGACGACAUCGAGAGUCUUGGCGGCCAUGUACAGCAGCCAGUCAUCAUGGCACCACAGUCGCAAGCAGCAAAUCACACUGCAGAGUUCACCACGCUGAUGGCUCCAAGCGACUCUUACAGCCUGAUGCAGCCAACAUCUACGCCAAGCCUCUUUCUUGACUACACCUUUGCUUUCUCUGCGGACGGCACACCUGGCGCCAUGGAUCCAGGCUGGGGACUUUUCGAUGUACAUCCCACGCUAAACUGGCUUGAUGCAGACUUCUCCUUCUUCGACAGCGAGCUGCAUCAAGAAGGAUGA